AUGGAGUUUGCUACACUGGAAGCACGGCUGGCGACCUUUGAAAAGCCCUCAAAGCGCUCAAAAUUAGGAUGGCCCCACAAAACACCGACACCAGAAGAACUCGCCAGAGCGGGCUUCUACUUCAAACCCUCCAGCUCGAGCAAUGAUAACACCAUAUGCUUCCUUUGCGAGAGAGCGCUUGGUGGAUGGGAGCCUGAUGAUGAUCCAGUGCAAGAACAUUUGAAACACUCGGAUGACUGCGGUUGGGCCGUGUUGAUGAGCAUUGCACAAGAUGCUACUUGGGAUAAGAACAAUAUGGAAGACCCGACGGGGCCACAAAUUACAGACGCGCGAAGGAGCACCUUCUCAAUAGGAUGGCCGCACGAGUCCAAGCGUGGAUGGACAUGUAAAGUUGAAAAAAUGGUGGAAGCAGGCUGGCAUUAUGUUCCCACACCCGACAGCGACGACUUUGUCAGCUGCGUCUAUUGCAAGCUAUCUGUAGACGGGUGGGAGCCGAAGGACAAUCCUUUCAGCGAGCAUUACCGUCGAUCUCCUGAGUGUCCGUUCUUCCACUUCGCUGGUACAACUGCGCCAUCGAAACGGCCCAAAGCAAAGAAAGGUCGCGCGUCAAGAGCGUCGCGGACAUCAAAAGCCUCGACAAGACUGUCCACUCAGUCUAACUCAACAAUGCUAUCCGAAGCUCCAAGCAUCAUGGAAAUACCGGACUUGGACGAAUCAAUUGACGCCAGCGAGAUCUCAGUUAUGUCCACAAUGUCCACGGCUUCGACCGCAACUACCAAAGGCAAACGGAAAGGGGCCGGAGGCAGAGCAAAGGCCACGAAGGCGAAAAGGACCAAGACAACAAGGUCAACAAAGACCAAAAAAGGCCAGGCCGAGCCUGAAGCCGAGCCCGAGCCUGAACAUGAACUUGAUGUUGCAGAAGCACAAGCUCACGAAGAAGUCGAGGCGGAACAGGUUUCGAUACCUCCCGAAGAUACGCGACCGCAGCCCUCUGCCAUCUCACGACCGCAAGGCUUGCCCAGCCCACCUGCUGAUGUGGCCUACCCCACUAUACCAGGCAGUCCCGGGGUACCUGAUAAAAUGAUACGGCUAAGCCCCGUUGGCGCCCCUCCGCAGACCUCUCCCACGCCUAUUAAGACAAGACAGCGGACGCCUGGGAGGAGGUCAACAGCGACUCCCAAAGCGACCAUUGCCAUUCAACCGCAAGCCGAGGCCAUUCGCUCUCCGACACAGCACAGCCCAUCACCUCCAUCAGAUAUCGAAAAUGCACCUCCUAGCGCGCAACCUGCGUCAGCGCAUGUGUCUGUGGCGCACGUACAGACUAUUCCCCUCGCACCGUCCUCUCCCGGGACACCAGUUCCAGCCUGGGCAUCCUCCGACGUAGAACUCAUCUUCCAAUCAUCAACGACCCCUCAGCCCGCGGAUCUUGUCGCACUUACGGGCGGCACAUUGUCGACGCACGAGGAAUCCCUGACGGUACAGGAGUGGAUUGAGUAUAUUGCCGAACAGGCGGAAGCGGGCCUGCGAGCCGAGGCAGAGCGCGUAGUGGGUAUCUUCGAACGAGAAGGCCAGAGGGCAAUGGGCGUCUUGGAGAGCAUUGUCUGUGUUUGA